GUUCAAACCGGAAGCAAUCAUGCAUCGAUUCAUGCAGUUUCGUGGAUCGUAUUCGGUCAGUUUGCUCUCUGCAAACAUCAACAACAGACCAUGUGCUGCAAGUGCCCACCUUUCCCAAUACCACAGCCUGGUACCGUAUACCUCAUCCUGAAUAUUAUCAUCAUUUCCUAUUUCUAUGUGUCUGAGGGACUUUACGUCACAGGGCCAUCAAAUAUCGAAAUAAUCUCGAUCGAUUCUUGUCAUCAGUUUGGAGACAGUGGGGGUCUCCGUUUGCAUCUUUUCGUCGAUCGACUUCGACAGUCUAUCAGCGGUAAUAUUUCCUUGGAGUUCGAAUUUGACGAGAGGGUCAAAUUCAAUCUGAGAGAAAGAAGGAAUGCCAAGUAUCCGAAACAUCCUGUCAGGACCUACAUUCAUAGCAAAAGUUUAUGUAAAAUUGUCGAUAACUAUAUGCAUGAGGAUUACCCUACUGAAGAAGAUGUUCAAGAAUCGAACUCGAUAUGCCCUAUUAACAAUGGGACAUACGUUAUCGAAGAUGCAUCAGCGAGAUUUAUUAUCAUGAACUUUCCAUUGGAGAUGCUGGGACAUCGAACAUAUCAAAUGGAGUUGAUAAGAGAUGGGGAGUUGUUGGUGUGUAGAGAGGUCGAAAUGAAGAUACAAGUGGAACACUUUACAAAACUGUUAAUUUGAGACCAGAAAAGAAAAGGAAGUGAUUUUAUCCAUUUCUUUGAAUGUGAUUAAUAAAAAAAACAUUUUAACUAUAACACUGGACACUCGGACAGGUCAACUUUUCACUGGGUACCAACCUAGAUAAAGCAGUAAUAGCUAUAGCUUAUAACUUCAGAGCAAACAUCUGUAGUUUGUCAACUUGUAAAUUUAA